CAACAUCGCCGACCAGCGAUAAGGAUGGCCUCCAACCGAGAUCGGGCGAGCUUCCAAAAAGAUGGAGGUUCAAGGGUUAUCACCUCCUUCGACAUACACAGCACCAUCCGGCGCAGUCAGUCCGCCGCACAGAAUUUGAUCAGUCGAGCAAGUCGUAGUUCACGAUGCUGCUGCUGUCAAAAAGUUCGCUGGUGAAGUUGCUGGUGCAACGGGUCGGUCAAGCUAACCUGUCAACGUCAACGGUUGCGGGGCUGGAGAAGUUCAAGAAGAUAAACUAUGAGAAGAUCGGGAUUGUGGGGGUGCCGUUCGAGAAGGGUCAGCGCAAGAAGGGCGUUGGGUUGGGACCGAAGGCGAUCCGGGAGGCGGGGUUGAUCGACAGUAUUCAGGAGAUUUCGAACAAGUUGGACAUCCGGGAUUAUGGGGACAUUCGGUACGAGGCGUUGAACCUGCAGGGCCGGUUGGCGGCGAACAUGAAGAAGCUGGAGCACGUGGCCAGUUGUACGCGGUUUUUGUCGGAGCGGGUCACGCAGGUGUUGAACGAGGAACGGUUGUGUUUGACGCUUGGAGGUGAUCAUGCAAUUGCGAUUGGGUCGAUCGAUGGGCACUUGAAGCAUUGCAGUGAUGUGGCGGUGAUUUGGGUGGAUGCCCACGCGGAUUUGAACACGAACUCGACGUCGCCUUCCGGGAAUAUCCACGGGAUGCCGGUGGCGUUGUUGGCGAAGGAGUUGGCGGAUUACUGGCCGUAUAUUCCGGGGAUGGACUGGCAGGAGCCGAUCAUCUCGAUCAAGAACAUGGUGUACAUUGGGCUGCGAUCGGUUGAUCCAUACGAACGGUUGAUCAUCGAGAAGUUUGGUAUUCAUGCGUUCGGCAUGCGUGAGGUGGAGCAGUACGGAAUUCACGAGGUCAUGAGGAUGGCGCUGGAGCGAGUUGAUCCGGAAGGGAAGAAAAGUCUUCACGUGAGCUACGACAUCGAUUCGCUGGAUGUGCUGGAAGCUCCAAGCACGGGGACCAGUGUACGAGGUGGACUCACUCUUCGGGAAGGAAUCUACAUCAUGGAGGAAGCGUACAACACUGGCAGGUUGGCGGCGGUAGACCUCGUAGAAGUGAAUCCCUCAAUUGGAACUCCAGACGACGUUCGGAAAACGCUGGAUGCGGCCAUUCACCUUUUAGUGGCAGCUUGUGGACACAACCGUAGAGGUAAUUUCGCCGAUACAUUGGAUAUCGUUGGCAAAAAGAAGUAAAACAAUAGUGGGAAUGUGCUGAACCAGUUGUAAAAGUACUCCACUUUAGUUAAGUACUCCCGCAAGCAAGUGUAAUUGAAUCAAAGUGCCUGCAGGUCGGUUGUUCCCAACUAGAUGUGGGAGAGAUUAAAAGCCUUAAUUAAAAGAACCUCA